UCUGCUCUUCACUAGAUCUACAAGAUCAUCUGAAGGGAUCAAGAUGCUGCUGAUCAUUGACGCUCUUCUUCUGAUUUCAGCUGCUCUAGGAAAGGAUCACAGAGCUGCUGUUAAAGGGAAGAUAUUUCCACUGGAUAUGGAAAAUAAUUCAGUUGAUGAUCAAUAUGACGGAUGCAUCGGGAAAAUGAAACAACUGGUCGAAAAUAAAUAUCUGAAGAAGGAACUUAAUAACUCUAGAAAUAAUUUUAAAAUAGCUUGGCAAGAGGGUGAAGGAAAGAGAAUGAAGCCAGAAAAUAAUUUGACACAAAACCAUUUAAUUGCCAUUUAUGUGUAUACUGGUGAUAAAGUUUUUCGUGAUUUCAACAAUGAAACUCGUUACGGUAAACAAAACUACACAACCGAGAAAUACAGUUGGUAUUCACUUCACUUUCUGUUAACAGAAGCGGUACAGAUUCUGAAUAAAACACAAAAUACAUGCUAUGAUACUUAUCGUCGUACCAAAGUUGAAUUUGAUAAGAAUGUUCUGAACAAAGAGGUUCGUUUUGGCUCAUUUACUUCUUCCUCUAUUGAUCAUGAUAAAGGAGCAAAUAUUUUUGGAACUGUAUCUUGUUUUGAAAUCCACACUUGUGAAGGUGCUGAGGUGACAAAAUAUUCAAAGCUUUCUAGUGAGAGAGAGGUGCUGAUUCCUCCGUAUGAGACAUUUAAAGUCACUUCUAUUAGGAAAAAAGAAGAUGAGAAAGAUCUCUGGUGUGACACUGUGUACAUUUUGAAAAACACUGGAAAAACAAGUGACCUGAACUGUGCUCUAUUCAGGAGACCAAACAAGACCAAAGAUAAGUACCAUGUUUUGCACUAGGCCUAACAAUGUGCUUUGAAUUUACAUCAGUUCCACAAAAAGCAAUUUGAUAAACAUCAACAUGUAAACAUUUUAUUUCUUCAAUGUAGUUCAGUGUUUCUUUGUCAGAAUAUAUCUAUAAUAUAUUUUCAGCAUAAUGAAAUAAAGUUAUUUUCAAGUGAUUCAAGAGGCUAUGAUAUUGUUGAAUGGCUGUGUACUGUAGCAUCUGGACCCAUCAGACACGUUUCUUCUGUGUUUGACUUUGGAUUGUGUAUACUGACUUUGAUUCUCUGUUGCCUGCCCCGAUCUCUGUCUGGUAUUGUUACUGAUUUUGGAUAUCCCUUGACACAUUUGAUGCUGUUCCUGAUUUCUGCCUGUCUGAGCAUUCGCUAAUAAACUACUGCAUAUUGA